AGGACCCGGGGCUGACGCGGAAAGGCUCGACGCUCUCAGUUACCUCCACGCUUCGAAAGUGGCAGAUAAGGACGUCGCCGCCCCGUUGCAGUCAAUGGUUUUCUCCUUCCAUGUGUACCGCAAGAGCGCGCCCAAUGGCAAGGUGUCGGUGUAUGUAGGUCGACGGGAUUACACCGACCACCUCACGCAUGUCGACCCGAUCAAUGGCAUGGUAUGGCUGGACCGCGACUACGUGCGCGAGCGGCGGGUGUUCGCGCAGGUGGUCAUGACGUACCGCUACGGGCGGGAGGAGGACGAGGUGAUGGGACUCACCUUCGCCAAGGAACUCAUCAUCGCCUCGGCUCAGGUGUACCCGCCCGCCCCUGCCCCUGCGCCCCUCACCUCCCUGCAGGUCCGUCUCCAGAAGAAGCUGGGCACGAAUGCGUUCCCGUUUCACCUGGAGAUGCCCAAGAAUGCCCCGGCGUCUGUCACUCUCCAGCCUGGUAAGGACGAGACAGGGCGGCCGUGCGGAGUGCAUUGGGAACUGCGUGUGUACGUAGGGGACAGCACGGAGGAACAGCCUCAUCGCCGCUCCUGCGUCAGGCUCCUCAUCAGGCGUCUCCAGUAUGCCCCAGCAAAGCAAGGGCGACAACCCGUGGCGUCUUGUGCUAAGGAAUUCCUCCUGUCUCCGGGCAAACUGCAUCUUCAGCAACUUUACCACCCGUCUCUAACACUCCCCCUCGCUCCCCCUCAGAUCUACUACCACGAGGAGGGCGUGGGGAUCGGCGUGGGCGUGACCAACAACUCCAACAAGCAGGUGAAGCGGGUGAAGGUGAGCGUCGUGCAGCUGUGCGACGUCUCGCUGGGUCCCUCGGGCCAGAUCAGGAACACCGUGGCCAGCAUCGAGACGCAGGAGGGGUGCCCCAUCGUCCCCGGCGCGACCCUGACGAAGACCUUCAGCCUGAAGCCGAAACUCGAGUAUAACCGAGACAAGCGCGGCGUGGCCAUCGAGGGUCGCCUGAAGUCCGAGGAGACCUGCCUCGCCUCGUCGACGCUAUUCACCAGCCUGGACCAGCGUCAGCAGUUCGGCAUCGUGGUGUCCUACGUGGCCCGAGUGAAGCUGAUCCUUGGCACUCUCGGGGGGGAGCUGGUGGCCGAGGUGCCAUUUACGCUCAUGAACCCCCCCACGGAGGAAGCGCCGACGCAGGCUGGCGGACGCAUGGCUCACCGCGAGCAAGACCUGGAGGAGUCGACCCGCCUGGUGAUCGAGGAGUGCCGCAGGAUGUCGGUGUCGGAUCAGUUCGACACCCAGAAGUCGGUCGAGUCGCAGAAGUCGGUUGAUUCGCUCGACGCCGGCCCCGGGUCGGUGUUCGGGCCGCUGACGGAGCCGACAGCGAAACCGAACGGUGCUGUUGGAAAGGAGGAGAAAGCGAAGAAAAAAGAGUGAAGAGGAUUGUGAAGGAGGGAAGAAGAGGAUGCUGAGGAGAGAAGAUUAGAAAGGAAAGCAAAAUGUAGAAGAUGGAACCAAACGAGUAAAAAAAUACAAAGAAGAAAAUAUAGAAAAAGAAAACUUGGAUCUGGUAACGAUCAGUUAUCA